UUUUACAGAAGAGCUGACACGUAUGUGAGCCUGACCAAUGGCAUUCCUUAACUCAGUCGAUCCACAGUGUGCCUUGACCUGGUAUUUGUGGGUGACAAAUCAGGUGAUUGGGUGGCCUCCUAUAUUCCUAGUAACACCUUCCUGGGCAGAGAGGACAUAGAACUUGGACUUGCAGGAGACCAUCAGCAGCUAAUAGCGUUCAACUUGGUCAAGAUGUACAUCUGUUACCACCUGACUCCAUUUCAGUGGCACCCGAUGUGCUUGCUAUGGGAUGGUGUGAAGGGCAGAUUAGAGCUUUUCCUGAAUAUAGAAAGGAUACUGGCACCUAAUGGGACUCUGGUUCUAGAACAUUUUCUCACGAAGAGGGACCACCAGGUUAAAGGCAUGGUUCCCAGAUUCACCAGCAGCCUGUAUUACUUUCAACUCUGCGACCACAUCCUUUGAACUGAAGAGUUUAUGAAGUGUUUGAGCGGCAUCGUGGUUAGUUGGGAAGAAGAUGUUUGAAUUGUCAAGGAGAUCCUUCCAACUGUUGACUUGAGACUGCGCUGCUUUAUUUCUGAAAAUAUAACAACUCAAGAAACUAGUACCACUCUUUCACAACAAAUAGCUUUGACAACUCCAUCCUAAGUUACUGCACUCAAAUCCCAGAAGACUGUAUAUUCUUCUACAGUGGUAUAUAAAAACAUGCCUGUAUUUGCAACUGAUCAUACAACCUGACUGUAUUUCAAUAUGACAUCUCCACCUCUGGAAACAAUGAUGAAUCGUUUUUUAAAGACAUGCAUAGCCGAGACAGCUACAUCCACAGCAGAUAUUUUGUUUAUGUCAGCAGCCAUUGCUCUGUCUACCAAGAGUACCUCCAUAGGCCCUGCUACACAGUCCAUGAAAAUAACUAAAUCCUCAUCUUCAGAGAGCACAAGGACACCAAAAGUGGCUGAAUCCACUGGUAGUGAGAACUUUCAUCCAACUGUAGCUACUAGUUUCCUGGACACAUCUGGAUUUAGCAAGAAUUCAGUUGUAUCUGAAACUUCAGUGACUGGAUCUCAGUUGGCUCUCAUGAGGACAUGUUGACUCUCAUCUAUUGAGCCAACAUCCAUGUCUACAACAUCGUGGCCCAAACACAAAUCUGUAGGCAUUGCGGCAUGCCCCAUCUCCACAACUAGCCAGGAGUUUCUUGCAUCUAUAGCUGCUGGAAGUGUCCUUCAAUCCAUGGUGGAACGGACUUCAGCUACAGUUACUCUCAUGGGUACUGCAUCAACACUGCCCCCUGAGUCUGUGCUCCUAUUCACAGCUGCUCCCAUGGAUCCUAUAUUUCCUUGAAAUCAGAAUACACCCACAGAUGGUGAAAACCUGUUCCCUCUGAUCUCUACUAGAUGAGCCUCCACAUCCAUGGCUUCUGAGUUUGGUUCCACAUUAAUAACUGACGAAGGUGACCACCUAUCCUCAACCAAUGAGCUCACUUGGACAGCCAGGCCAGACCAGAUCCUGCUGACAUCAGCAUUACAUGAGAGUACUUCUCAUACAGAACAUUCAUCUGCAACCACCAGUAUAAUCCUCCAACCAGAAGCAUCUACAGAGAGUGAGGCCACCACUACCGAUGAUGCUACCGCGACAGUUCUAUCCAAACUGACAUCUUCAUGCUUUGCUAAUUUUCCCACAGUUUCUGGAACCGCAUUUGUAACCAAACUGCCUGAGUGUAAACUUAUCACCUUACUGCUAACCGCCACCCCCCCCCCCCCACUCCACAUACACAGGAAAGAAACUUCUUUCAAAGCCAAGGGAGACAGUUGUUCACCAGUAGAUAUACCUACCCAUGCUCACAUUGAACCCAAUUUUUCUUCUGAGGAGAGUGCACCUGAGAACACACAAGCAGAGACAAAUGGUACAACUGCGUUUGGAGAGACAACCGCCCCUGGACUGGAGCCUGCAGUAACACAAAGAUUCAGUGCUACUGCAACAAGGAAAAACAACCAUCCCAUUAUCUUAAGGGAAGAAACAACUGCCCAUUAUCUUAAGGGAAAAUCAACUCCAACAGAGACAAUGGAGGUUUCUCCAUUUGCAACAAUGUUGGAAGCAACAGAUGAAUCCUUUUCCCCUUUUCCUGAUCCAGAGAAGCUGACUACCAGAUUGGAUAAGAAAACUGACACACAGGUGAGAGGAAGUUGGCUUUCUACAAAAUCAGUGAAAACCACACCUAGGAGUUCAUACACUGGAACUAGAGAAAUCUUUAAUUCCACCCACAUCUACACAGCACAUUGGACUUCAGAGACUCCACCCGAGGGGAAUCCGACUCUACCUUCCACUUCUGGGAGGACACAGGCAUUUCCUGAGGCCCUGGGUGCGUCUACCAUGAGGAUACUGGCGAUGAGGCUUGCCACUGUCCCUACAGACAGGACAGUGCUGUCCUUGUCUGCUGGUACUUGGCCUGCACAGCUUCCUGCUACACAUUCCUCAGCAACCCCUGCGCCUCCUACCCAUGUGUUCUCACUGCCAGUUAAUGUCUGUGCUGUCACCUCUGUGGUGGUGUCUGAGGAGACUAAGGUUACCAUGCCCAAGCCUUCUACACUGGAGUCUUCCUCCACAUUUGUGCCCUCAGAUGUCUCAACACUGUCACCAGCCUUAGUAACCACAGCAUCGGUGCCACCAUUGGAUCAGACUGCUUCCACAACCUGCAGUCCCGUGCCUUUCCCCAGAGACUCUAGGCACACCACUUCAGAGGCCACAGGGAUCUCUGUCAGGAUGAUGCCCAUGGCAGUUUCCUCUCUGACAGAAACUCUAGUCCCCUCUCUGAGACCUCCUACUCCUGUGGCAACUAAGGCUGAGCCCAUCCUUCUCUAUACCUCAGCUGACACACUAACCCCUUCCAGACCCACUCUUGCCUGCUCUAAACCUCUCCCUGACAACACUCCCGCUGUGUCCUCCACUCAUGUGACCCCAGCUAUAUCUACACCAUUAGCAACCCAACCCAUAGUUCAAGUGGAGGAGACAUCUACCCAUGCCCUCGGCUUUCCAUACACUUUCAGUGGUACUGGACAUGUUAGCUUGGCUACUGGCACCACAGCAGCUUUCGUUGUUGGUGAGACCACAUCCUCACACACCUCUGCCACCAAGCUUAUUACUUCAGUGGAUGGUCACAUUUCUCAGUCUUCCACACGUCUGGUAAACACACUGGUUCCCACCCUAUUAGUGACUGACAUUUCCACCAUAUCGUCUAAGAAAGAACAGACGAUCAUCUCCCUGGGAGACACCUCUAGAAUUAUGAACAUGACAGAAAUGUCCCCAUCAAAGAUUCCUCUUAGCAGUUCCCAUUACUCCCAGAGAACUUCAUCCUUGAAAAUAACAGAUACAGGAUUUGCUGGGACCACAGACAUUUCCAGUCAGCAAACACAUUCGCUUUCAGAGACUCCAUUUGUGACGCCACCUAAUGGGAUUUCAGCUUCAUCUCCCACUUCUGGGAGGACACAGACUCCAGCUACCUCGACCUCAAGUAGCACAGUCCACGUUUCAGAAACAGCUGCCAGUCUUGGGAAAACAGCCCUUCCUGCACAAGCUCUGACAAUGACCACACUUUUGUCUCCUGAAAAAGAGAGCAUGCAUGCCCUCUCAGUAGCUACUCCCAGGACUGAGAAGAUGACAGCAAGCACCGCCUCUGGGACUCACCCUGCCUCACACCCACAGGAAACUUCACUUGUGGAUACGGUAUCUUCCAGAACAACCAGGAUAUCGGAUCCUGUAAACAUCAACUCUUCACAUUCGCCUUCACCUAGGACUCAACCUGCAGGGUCUUCAGUUGCCUCCUCCAUUUCCGAAAGCACACAGACUCCUCUGAGUCCCUGUCUUUCCACAGCUCGACUGUCUAGCACCGGUUUUCCAGCUCCCUCUCCCGACAGGAUCACCACAGCCCUUUCUAUGCCAAGCGUACCUACGGCACUUCUCGGGCAAAUGUCUGUGGCAACGUCCAUUCCUAUCUCCCAGAUGGCCUCGCGGCCAGUUAGUGUCACUGCCUUCACCUCCCAAAGAAUUUCUGGCACUCCCACGGUACUAAUGACUACAUCUUCUAAAACAGCCCCAGGAUGUCUGCAAAGUCCCUCUGUCGCCACAUCUGGGCCUGUUUCUGAGAUGUCCUCAGUGUCAGUUAAGGACUCUGCUUUCCCACCUCCAGCUGUCUCUUCUGAUGCCUCCACAGCAGGUGGCUCGUUCCAUACUCUGUUGUCUCCAAUGACCUCAGCCUGCUAUGACCGUACACACAUUGCGACAUGGGAUGCCACAUCUGUGACAUAUCCUGGGCCUACUUCCAAAAGCGUAGUGGCUUCCUCUGCUUUCACUACUUCAGAAAUAACAGAGGUCUCCUUCGGGAUCACACCUACAUCCUUUUCCUCCCCAGAAGAGCCAACAUCCCCCUCUGUGAAAACCGUGCCGACCACUAUUACUGCUGGGAUCGCGACUCCCUUCACAGGCACCCCUCCCUCUUUUCCAUUCGGUUCUAAGGACACUGAAGCUGUUUCUUCCAUUCCAAAGACCAAGUCUUCACAUUUUCUAUCAACAACCCAACAACCAUCACAAGGGUACGAGGCCACCGUUUUGGGCAUAUUCACUGAGAUUACUAACAGCUCUCUAUCUACUGUAAGUGGUGGUAAAGUAACAGCUCUAAAUACUUACUUCAGAACCACUGCCCCUGAAAGUGUGCUUUCAUCUACUCCUUCAGAAAACCUCCAUACUUCCUUGAGUAUUCAGGUUUUGCCAUCUUCGACUAGCCUUAAGAGCACUCCCAGACAAAAAAGUGUAAAAGCUAUGACUUACUUUUCUUCGAAUACAGAAAAGAGGACUUCCUUGUCAGAAGAUACUAACAGCCAAACUAAUAAAAGGCAUCACGCCUGGGAAUCAGCUGUUUCAUACCCUCCAUGAAGGCCAUCCAGGGCAACCCUACUCUCUUUGACCACAUUUAUUUCUUCACCUCAUAGUACUGAAGCCAAGGUCUCUGCUCCAAAGAUUUCUCUUCCUCCUACAUCCCAAAUGGUUGAAUUUCCAGUUCUGGGAACAAGAACUACAUCUAGUAACACCCAGACUCUGCUUAUGACUUCCUGGAACACACCCACAGUUGAAGAUUCUCAAUUUCCAACUUCUACCGCUGCUCAUGUAACUACACUCAAUGAGACGGAAACAGAGAGUCCUCACCUUGCUCCAGAGUCUUCGUCAACACUCACAGCCUCUCAAACUGGUCUUGUAUCUGGAGACAUUAUGGCAACAUCAUCGAUGUCCACAAUAGGAAUUCUUCCUACCAUGGGGAUGUCUGCGAGCCCUUCAUCAGUAUCUUCACGAUCUAUCCCUACUAUUUUGGCCGACGUUAAGCACACCUUUUUUGUAACUCCCGGGACCACAUAGCCAUCAAAUCCUUCUGGUGCUGCUUCAGGAACUAUAAUUUCAAAGGCUACUACUUCACCCAUGCUGACUUGGAUCUUAUCUAGUGUUCCAGGUUCCCCUCUGGCAUCUGUAUCUGAUACUCCUCACAUUAUAACCUCCUUUCCAGGAAAGGUGUCAAAAUCCACAUUUCUGACUUCUAAUACCAACACACCACUCACUAAGUUGACACUACCCUUUGCUGGUGUAAGUGCCACACUCACCCAAACCACCCCUACACCUACAGUGGGCAAUGUCACUACUGGCUUCCCAACUUCUUUCCCUAUGUCUAAAACCACAGAUGACAGUACCUACAUUUCCACCCCUGGAUCCUUCUCCAGAAUCACUGUGACCACCAACUCCAAGACAGUGUCUUAAGCUCCAUCCUUUAGCUGAAUGAGUAAAUAACAUCCUACAAUUGACCACACCCUAUCUAUUGGUUCCAGGCUUCCUCCUAGCCCUACAACAACAUCUACAUGGAGAAGAACCCUUGCUGCAUCAACACCCCCUACUUUAGCUGUUUCUAAGCCAACACAGGACUCCCUUCUAAAUAUAGCCACCACCACAUCCACUGCUCCUGGAGCCCCAUUUCCACUCAAAUCCGCUGGAGUAACACAUCCUUUUACAGCAUCUGUAUCUUCACUACCCUGUUCCUCUUUUGAGACAACUUGGCUGGACUCCACGCCUUCCUUUUUAGCUAUGGAAACUUCAACGCCCUCUAUUGCCAUUAAAUCUACAGUUUCUUGUGACAAUAUUGAAAUGAGCUUCUCUGUCUUUGAUGAAGAGCCAAGGAUCCCUAUUACCAAUGUUGUAAAGAAAUUUGCAAAAAUUGGGUAAAAUAAGUUGAAUUCUCUAUUUCAGGAAAGUGGAUUUGCUCUUGCUAAUCUGGCUAUUCAAAUUCGAAGCAGAGAAACUACUGAGGAAGAGAUAAUAAUGGACCAAAGUUACCUGGAACAGAGACAAGAGCAAGAAAUGGCUACAAUUUCCCAUGUACCAUGCAGCUGUAUUUGUCAGGUCAUCGUAAAGACCAACUCUUCUUUAGCACCCAUUGAGCUGAUUAUCAGGAUCAAAAGUAAAACACAUGGCAUCACGCAUGCAGACGUCACACAAGAUCAACUGAUAUUUUUAGUAAAGUCUGAACACAUUGCAGUGAAAAAACUAGAUCCCGGAAAGUGCAAAGCUGCAGAAACAGCCUCUCAAUACAAAGGGACAUAUAAGUGGCUCUUAACCAACCCUAACGAGGCAGCAACUAGAUGCAUAAAAAAUGAGGAUGGAAACGCUGCUAGAAUCUCUUAUCUCCUUAACAAUACCAAUACUGGCAAAUCUCACUGGGAAAAACCGAUUUGCAAAUUGCUUCAAGGACUCCCGAAUAAGAUUUUGGAUCUUGCUAACAUCACAAUAAGUGACAAGAAUGCGAAUGAUGUUGCAGAACACAUUUUAAAUUUAAUAAAUGAAUCCCCUCUUCUGGAUGAAGAAAACAAGAUUAUUGUUUCCAAAGUAUCCAAUAUUUCACAAAAUGAUGGAAUAAGUAUGGAACUAACCCAGACUAUUUUGCAAAUAAUCAAUGUUGCUUUGGGAAAGCAAAAUAAUUCAGUAUCUGAUCUGCAUGAAAUGAGCUAUGAAAUUCCGAGGAUAAUCGAGCAUGCUGGUCACAAGAUGGAGUUUUCUAGGACAGCAAAUCUGACAGUAGCCAGGUUGGCUUUGGCUGUCCUGCGGGUGGAUCACACAUCUGAAGGCAUGGCCUUCAGGACUGGCACCUACGAAGAAGGCACAGAACCCAAGAUUUUCCCAGGUGACGUCCUUCUGGGGGGCGGGUUGGCCUCCAUAUAUUUACUUAAAUCUCUGAGAGAGACAAUUCCUCUUCGCAACUCACAUACCAUCUUGUUUAAUUAAUUAAUUCAUUAUUUUGGCCCAACUUCAUUCUUCAGACAAAAAAAUGUCACUAAAGCAUUGACCACAUUUGUUGUGAGUGCCAGCAUUUCAGAUACAUCCCUUCAAAACUUGGCGGACCUAGUGGUCAUUUAUUACCCUGCAGCCAUGGUGGCGGGGCUGUCAUUCAUCAUUACAGUCUGUCCUAACCUGUGCAAGAACAGGAAAAAUGGGCAAGGCGGAUGGAGAUCAUCAGGCUGUGAGGUCAAGGAGACAAAGGGAUAUUACACGGUCUGUCAGUGCGACCCCCUCCCCCAUUUGGGGGUCUUCAUGGAUUUAUCCAGGUGGGCAGUGGAUGCAGUGAAUGAAUGAAUAUUAUUAGUGCUUGUAACAUACAUGGGAUGUGGAAUCUUCUCCAUUUUCCUGGAAGUUGCAAUGGUGACACACAUAGCUUUUUACAAACUUUGGGAAGACCAUCCUUCCAAAAUCCUGAUCAACCUGUGUGCAGCACUACUGAGGCUAAACCUGGUAUUUCUGGUCAAUUGCUGGUCGUCAUCCUUGAAGAAAGUGGGACUUUGCAUCCCAGCAGCAAUGGCACUUCAUUACUUCCUGCUUGUUUCUUUGACGUGGAUGGGCCCGGAGGCGGUCCGCGUGUAUUUUGCUCUAGUCAAAGUCUUCAACAUAUACAUUCCCAAUUAUAUUCUUAAGUUUUGUCUGGUUGGUUGGGGGAUCCCAGCCCUGGUGGUGGCCAUCAGAUUGGGUGCGAAAAAGAGUAGGGCUGGGACUCUGAGCUCAACGACUCCGUCUUGUUGGAUUAAAGAUGAUCCUGUCUUUCACGUCUCAGUGGUGGCUUCUUUUUGCCUCACAUUUCUCACGAAGCUCGCCAUGCUCGGCAUUGUUCUUGCUCAACCGAAUGCCAUGAAAUCCCAAAGCCAGAAGCCUCGGCGGAGGAUGACCCUGCAUGACCUCAAGGGCACAACAAGCCCCACAUUCUUACUUGGCCUCAUCUGUGGCUUUGCCUUUUUUGCUUCGGGACCUGUAAGGAUCCUUUUCUUGUAUCUUUUUGCCAUCUUUAACACUUUAUCGUUGGCUGAGGCCCUGGUGAUGGUCCUGCCCUUUUCCCCUCUUGACGCUACCUGGCCUCCGUUGAAAUACCCUGGUCUCAGCAGCACGCUGGAGGAGUUUUACCUGCUGGGGGACGGGGCUUUGCUCACCUCAGGCAGCUGGACCACCUUCCAGGUGGCCGCUGCCCAGAAGAAGAGUGAACGCUGCUGGCUUCAUCACCACAGUUAUGUGGGCUCAAUGUUGGGCAGAAGCGGGAAAGACCGAAGAAGACCUUUGAGCACAGCCUCCCUCAGGAUAACUGCGACGAGUUCCAUUUUGAGAUCUUUAGGCCCCACACAAGGCACUCCUUCAGAAAUAAGCUUUAAUGCAGAUGACUUUGAGGAAGAUCCCAACUGUUUCCCUCCCUUGAGUUGUGAAGUUGUGCCUAAUUGUGUAGCUCAUCCGUCCACGGACACCCAUGAGUUCCUUAGUGGGGGCGAACUUCUCAGCCAAGACACCCCUGAGGGCACAGCAGCCAGGGUCCAGAGAAAGACAACAAAACAGGAGCUUCUGAAGCCAGUGGUUUUCCCUAGGGAGGAAAGGGCAGGUCAGGUGAGUAAUAGGAUUCCAGUUGUUGUGCCGCCGCUGCCGCCGCCGCCGCCGCCGCUGCCGCUGGGUGAUGAAUGUACAGCUUGUCUCUAA